UGAAGCAUGUGGGAACAGCAGACUGGUAUAGGGAUUGAUUGAAUAUGUCCGUAAACACACCAGCCAGCUGGUCUGCGCAUGCUCUGAGGGCGCGGCUGGGGAUGCCGUCUGGGCCUGCAGCCUUGCGAGGGUUAACACGUUUAAAUGUUUUACUCACCUCGGCUGCAGUGAAGGAGAGACCGCAUGUUUCCGUUGCAGGCCGUGUCAGUGGCACUGUAUUGUCUUCAAAGCGGGCAAAAAAGUUAUUUAGUCUGCCUGGGAGCAAGACAUCCUGCUCCGUGACUGGGCUGGAUUUCUUCCUGUAGUCCGUGAUUGACUGUAGACCCUGCCACAUGCCUCUUGUGUCUGAGCCGUUGAAUUGAGAUUCUACUUUGUCUCUGUACUGACGCUUAGCUUGUUUGAUAGCCUUACGGAGGGAAUAGCUGCACUGUUUGUAUUCAGUCAUGUUACUAGACACCUUGCCCUGAUUGAAAGCAGUGGUUCGCGCUUUCAGUUUCACGUGAAUGCUGCCAUCAAUCCACGGUUUCUGGUUAGGGAAUGUUUUAAUCGUUGCUAUGGGAACGACAUCUUCAACACACGUUCUAAUGAACUCGCACACCGAAUCAGCGUAUUUGUCAAUGUUGUUGUCUGACGCAAUACGAAACAUGUCCCAGUCCACGUGAUGGAAGCAGUCUUGGAGUGUGGAGUCAGCUUGGUCGGACCAGCGUUGGACAGACCUCAGCGUGGGAGCUUCUUUUUUAAAUUUUUGUCUGUAGGCAGGUAUCAGCAAAAUGGAGUCGUGGUCAGCUUUUCCGAAAGGGGGGCAGGGCAGGGCCUUAUAUGUGUCGCUGAAGUUAGAGUAACAGUGAUCCAAGGUUUUUCCACCCCUGGUUGCGCAAUCGAUAUGCUGAUAAAAUUUAGGGAGUCUUGUUUUCAGAUUAGCCUUGUUAAAAUCUCCAGCAACAAUGAAUGCAGCCUCCGGAUAAAUGGUUUCCAGUUUGCAAAGAGUUAAAUAAAGUUUGUUCAGAGCCAUCGAUGUGUCUGCUUGGGGGGGAUAUAUACGGCUGUGAUUAUAAUCGAAGAGAAUUCUCUUGGUAGAUAAUGAUGAAACAGUGAUAUGCCCCUCCCUCGAGGUCUUCCCAGCCUCAUUCUGAUCAGCUGACUCAUCACUUCCCAUACUGAGUGCAAUUUUUUGGAAUAGCAGUAAUGUAAUUUUGCUGCCUUUUUCCCACUUCUUAAGUCUGUGCCAAUACAAGCUGCUCACCAAGGCUGUCCUUUUAUGAGAUAAUACGAUAGAAGGUAAUACAUUAUUUAUAGCUUGCGAUUUGUAAUGUGAGAGAUGCCAUAGGCAGAAAGCUAUACGUUUAGUCAAAUUGUUGAAAACUUUUGAUGAAAUAGCUAGUUAAAACUUUCUAACCAGCUAUACAUGAUAUUAUCACAGGCCCAGUAAAGCAUUGUGUAAUGUUAUCUGAUGUAAAUCAGUCACAUGCUUUCUAUGCCCCCCUUUCCUACACUAACUUUACAUUCCAGAUCAUUUCACAUAGUGUAUCUGGGAAUUCAUAUUAUUUGUUUGCCAAGAUCCUAGAGCAGAUGUUACAAUGUGACAUUUUCACAGAUGUCUCUCACCCUAAACCAUGGGCACUAUGAAAAUGUAUGCAAUAAAUGUAAAACUGUGUUUAUUUUUAUUGACUUGAUUUGAAUGUAGGCAAAUGUUCCUCAAACUUCUCUGGUGUAGGUGGUCUCCCCUCCCCAUUCAACUGUAAGCCAAUGGAGGGUGUCUGAGAGCUACACUUUGCUGUUUCACUCAGACUUGAGAGAGAAGCAGGUUGUGCAGAUAUGGCUCUCAGAAAAGGAUCUUCUUCUGUUGCCCUCUCUGGGUGGUCAUCUGAAGUGCAGAUGAACCCAGCUGAUGUCCCUGGCCUAGAGGUAAAGCUGGGAGCAUUGGUUGUUCUUUUCUCCAUCACACUGGUUUGUGGCUUUGCCCCUUUGUGCUUAGUCAUGGGGGCAGGGAGGUGCAAUGUAGACCCAGUGUUCGAGGGCCUGGCUGUGGGGUUACAGGAGGACAGUCAAGAGGUGCCGGAGAUCUGUGUUGCUCUACUCCUCCACAAGAGCAUCAUCUGUUUCAGUCUAGCCCUAAAGCUGGCCCAGGGCAAGCUGCGGCAGGCAGCCGUGGUAGGUUGCCUCCUGCUCUUUGCUCUCAUGUCCCCGUUGGGCAUUGCCGUCACCAAGACCAAGUCGUCCCCCCAAUACCAGCUAGCCAGGUCCAUCUUAGAAGGCCUGGCGUCUGGCACCUUUAUGUAUAUCGCCUUCAUGGAGAUCCUGCUCCAUGAGCUAAGCUCCCCGCAGAACCCCAAGGUGGCCAUGAUUCUCACUGGUUUCGCAGUGGUCACUGGGGUGCUGUUCAUCAAAAUGUAAAUAUUCUUUAGAUCAAUCCUUAGGGUCUGAUUCUAUGAAAAACUGACAACCCUUCUGGGAUAUAAUACAAAAACAAAUUUCCUUUUGCGCCGUGAGAAUGCAAUUUGGACUGAUAAGCAUAAAACAAUGUUUACAGCAUGAGACCAAAAGAUACUCAACUGUAUCAUUAAUUCAAACAUGUUCCUUAAGGUGCAGGGAGAAUGCUGGUUACACUGGAAACUUUUGAUACAGUAGAGGUCUUUUAGUUUUAUUAUGUAGAUGAAUGUUAUUCAUUCAGAAUUCUUUUAAAGGGAUAUAUGCUAAUCCAGCCAUGCUUUUAAAUUAUCAUCAUAACAUUUUCUAUUUUAGAUAUUUGAAAAUGUUAAUGUAUCUAUAUUUUUUACAUAAACAAUGACAUACUUCACAAACAGCUUUCUGUAUACUGUGAUGAUGUGGUCAAAAUUACCGAAUUAAAAAAAGGAAAUAUUAGCACUUUUGAGUAAUUUAUAACUCCUGGAUUGAUAUUAUAGCAAUCCUAAUGUUGUUUUGGCUGUGACAUCUGACUAGCAGUGUCCUGAAUUGUACACAGAACAUUUGUUUGUUCAGUAGUAUGACUGCCUAGCCCCUGCAUAAACAUAAUAAGAGCAUAUACAGCUGGCUAUUACUUUAAAUCCUUAAAAAGCUAAAUGGGGUGUUUGCUCUUUGUCAGAGCCUUACAUUGAGAUCAACAUAUAGGCCCUUAUUUCACUGCCAUGUGGUGAGAAAGCUUUGAGAUAUAGUCCUCUAUUUUGUAAAACUUGAGUUUGAAUAAUUGAAAUGGCUGCUCUUGUUUUUAUGUUCACUUUUAAACCAGGACUUGUUUAUCUGUACCUGGUUGACUGAUUAAAAGUAAUCUGAAAUCA